CACGCCCAAAACAAAAGAGCAAGACGCCGAAAAAUCCUUGGGGAUCCCAUCCAGGCCUGUCUCAUAAUCUCGCUCUCCCUUCCAUCCAAUCCUUUUCCUCCUUGCUCAUCCCAUCUUCUAAUCUCCAGUCCAUCUUCUUCUUCUCUCUUCAAUUGCACCUUUACAUCCAUCUGUUGAACACCCGACUGCCCGUGCUACACAAAGCCUCGUGGUGCUUCCUGCCUUUGUCCACAUCAACUACCACAGUCGAUUGGAUCUUUUCUCGACUCUCCCUCUGAUCACCUCUUUUCUGCAAGCUUCAGAGAACAUUCCACCUGUAGUUGACUGCAUUCUAUACACCACAUAAUUUCAAUCACCACGUGCACCAACCAUGUCCGUCGAAGCUCCCAAACCUGUCGAGGAGACGCCCGUCGUGGAACCUACCAAGGCUGCGCUGGAACAGCCUGAGGCACCAACAACUGCACCUGCAGAGACUGCCGCAACUCCAGCUGAGGCUGCAACGGAGCCUACACCUGCGGCCACCACCGAAGAGCCUGCUCCUGCCACGGCCACUGAAGAUGUAAAGAAGGAUGAGACACCUGUCAAGGCCGUUCCAGCGUCAGAGGGUGUCUUGGGAUACAAGGAGCCAACACUCUUGAAGAGAUUUUUCUUCACCAAACACUUCUUCUGGUUCUCCGAAGAGCCAUUGACCAGUGAAUCAUUGUCCACUUUCCUGCGAUCUGACAAGGAUGAUGCGAAGCACGCCUCUGCAUCAUGGGCUCGCGAGACCGGCAAAGGAUUGCUGUUCUUCUCCAAGCGUGCCGAAGACAAGGCUCAUCCUGUUGGCAUCAUCAACCUGGCCGAUGCGUCUAAUGUCACCAAGGAAGGUUUCAACCAAUUCUCCUUCAAAGCCGGUUCUCAUCAACACCGCUUCGAGACGACCAAGUCCGAAGAACGGGACAGCUGGGUCGUCGCUAUUGAAAAGGCCAUCGAAGAGGCCAAGGAAUUGAAGGAAGAUAUUACUGGACGUGAGAGCUACAAGAAGAAUCUCGAGGAAUACGCUAAACCAGCCGUCAUCGCGACCACCCCAGUCCGCUCCAAGUCCAAGGAACCCAAAAAGUCUCUCGAUGCUGGUGCUGCGACCGCUGCCGCUACAGCCCCUGCGGCUGAAAAUGCAAGCACUUCUGCAGGCAGCGAAGAAGAGGCCAAGAAAGAGCACAAGGAGCGAUCGCAGUCUCGCAAGCGUGGCAGCAUUUUUGGCUCUCUAAUGGGCAAGAAGGAAGAGCACGCCGAAAAGAAGGAAGAGAAGGCAGAAGCUAAGAAAGAGGCGAAAGAGGAGAAGAAAGCUGAGGCCGACACCCAAAAGGAGGAAGCCAAACCGACCGAUGAGCCUAGCAAGGCUGUCGAGGCUCCUGAAGCUGCCGCUGUCGCUGCCGUGCCUGCCGCCGCCACCUCUACAGACAAGAAAGAAGACAAGGAAGAGGCUACGCCAGCUGAAAAGAAGGCCAAACGUGGUUCCGUCUUCGGAACCUUCUUCAAGAAGAGUGUGACCAGCCCAACCACUGAAAAGUCUGAGAAGGACGCCACUGGUGCUACAGAUGUUCCUCCCGUCUCCGAGACUGCACCCAAGCUCGAGGAACCAAUUGAAAACAAGCCUAUCGACACUGCUGCCGUGACCGCUCCUGUUGACACGGUCCAAACACCACAAGCUGAAGAACCUGCCAAAGAACCAGCCACCACUUCCCCAGCUGAUGCCUCUGCUCCCAAGACCGAGAAGAAAGGCGGUCUGCUGGGCUUCAUCAAGAAGACCGAAGCCAGAUUUGAGGGCAAGAAGGAGCACAAAGAGGAGCCUAAGGAAGAAGCUAAGGAAGACAAGGCAGCUGAGGCUAUCGCCAAAGACCCUGUCGCCGCCGCCAGCACAGAACCCACGGUCCAUUCUGCUGUCACAGAGCCGGCCACUGAAGCUCCUAUUGCUAAGGAAGAGCGACCUGCUCGUGACAACAAGCGUCGAACCUCCCUCUUCUUCAACAAGAAGAAGGAGGCUAGCGAGACCGAGGAGGGUGCCGAAGAACCCAAGCGCGAGAAGUCUCCCACCCCGGCCAAAUUCAUUGGCAACCUCGUCCGCCGCGCUAGUAAAGCGGUGAAGUCUGAAGGACCCAAGGAAAAGGAAAAGGCCGCCGAGCCAGCUGCCACAACUGAGGCAACCACGUCCGAAACUCCCGCCGCCGUCCCUGAAGCCGGAGAAUCACAGAUCAAGGGCGAUGUUGUCCCGGCUGAUCUCGUCACCGACAAGGCUGAGCCGGCUGUCCCUGCUGCCACGCCGGAAGUCAAGGCGACUGCUUGAAGGUCCGACGAGGUCAGAGACAAGACUCCACGCACAUCUCUGUCACAUCCAUCUCGACUGUCUCGAGCAGCUAGUCCAGUUGAGUUUGAGAAGUGGUGGGACGACAAGAGCUACAGCACACCGUCGCUACCUCCUCGCAGCCCUUCUCGUCCCUCUGGCCUCGCCCUAUGAGGUAGCACGACAUGGUUGGGCCUAGAUCACGUCCAAGGUUGGGUCUGCAAGUGUAAUUGCAACCACUUUUCCGCUGGAGACCUCACUGAGGCCUACUGCACUGAUUGACGACAAACUCGGACACCACUCAUUUCGUUAUGUUGUUGCUUUUCAGGAUACCCCGUCACCAUUAGAUUGAGAUUCUUGUUAUGUUUUUUUGGUUGAUGCAUUUUCGAGUACCAGAUACCCACUUCGGCAAGUCUUGAUUCUUAACGAAGAAGAGAUACCCCCAAAUGCAAGCGUCUGCUGGAUGAAAGGGAGCAAAUUGGCAGAGGAAUGCAGGAGGCUUAUUAGUCCUUUUUGUCUUCCAAUGUGGAUUGGAAUCGUCUGGGUCUUGUGGAAGUGCUUGUUUGUUCAAGUGCUUAAGCAGAACAGUACGGUGGCCAGCGAGAACGCAACUACAAGUUAGGAUAGUAAUAGCUAAUAAAGUGAAAAUUGAUCGAAUAUGUUAUGUCUUA